CCUCAUAUAGCUUAUAUAUCAUAUUAUUGGAAAUGUUUCUGAUAUCAAAGCCUGCUUUGUUUAAUUGACUAUCUAUUCUAUGAUUAAGUAGAUACCUCAGUUAUCCCUGUUUUGGCACUUGGUGACAACAGUUUUGCCAGAUUUUCAGCACCUAAAGAUCAAGUGAUUAACGAGUUAAUGAGAUUAGUAGUUGCUCAGCGAGGACGGUGGUGCAGAUCUCUUUAGUUUAGUUGGAGUGUCCGAUGCCUUAGUGACCUGCAGACCGUCAAACAAUCAUUUUACUUUGCUUCUUAUCAAAAGAGGGGAGCCAUGGGACAAGAGGGGAGCCACAGUGAGGAGGUGGACUUGGCCCUGAUUCAGGAUCUGUGCAUCAUGUUCAUGAAGGAGUGUCCGAGCGGUGCCCUGCAUCUACACGAGUUCAAGAGGAUCUUCGGGGUGCCGAGCAGCUCUGCAGAGGAGUCCCUCUUCAUGGAGACGAUAUUCCACUCCUUUGACAAAAACCAGGACAACGCACUUGAUUUCCUGGAGUACGUGGCAGCUCUUCACUUGAUCUUACGGGGGAAUCUUGAAGAUAGACUCAAGUGGUCCUUCAAGAUGUAUGACAAGGACGGGAACGGGAAGUUGGACAGGCAGGAGGUGAAACGCAUCAUCAGGAUUCUUUACAAGAUCAAACUCCAGACGAGUGACGUCAGCAUGACGCCGUCCGAAAUCUGCGACCGGAUCUUUGAGUUGGUUGACCAGAACGAUGACGGUCAGAUAACGCUGUCUGAGUUCAUGGAAGGAGCUCGGAAGGACGAAUGGGUCAUGAACCUGCUGAAGUUGGACGUCAACGCCACCGGCUGGGUCAUCCAGAACUAUGGGAAGUUACCGUGAUUCCUCACGUCGUGGGUUCACCCGCCCACGGGUCUUUUGUUUGAGGCUGACACAGAGGUCCUGAGUUUAUUGUCCUGUGUCUCCACGUCGAGCUCCCUGUGACUUGGAGCUUCUUCACGGCUGCCGUGAUUUUGACUGCUGGUCCAAAGAUCUGAGUCCUGUAUGGUGGUCUGUUAUGGCACUGAGCUAACGUCUCUAUCUAAGGAACGCUGAUGCACAGCAAGACUGUUAAAAUCAGUUAUUGUGUAUUUACAUUCAUCAUUGCAUGUGUUUUAUAGUAUGUUUGAUAGUAUAGUUAUGACUAUAUACAAAUAUAUUAGUAGUAUACUUGUCUCUGCAGACGGGUGGUAAAAUAUAACAUUAUUUUGUGAUAGUUUGUGUGGUUCAAAGCAUUAGACUUUCCACAACUAAAACAGUAUUAGUUGAUCUUUUUGGGUCACUUUGGGGCUCGACUUUUUUACCUGUAUGUGCCGGUCUGAUGUAUGAGCAAAGGAUGUAAACAAUGCUGGAUUUAAGAUACGUAGAAAUCUGCUUUGCAGUUGUUUUAUGAUGAUGGAAAUGCAUUCACAAACACAUUUGUUAGAGUUCAAGAAUCCACACCUUUAACAGUGAUGCAUCAGAUGUGAUGUAUAUAGGGCGUCCAGCUGAAGCUUUUUACGAUGAUUUAACGAUUGCAAUAGCAAAGAAUUGCCUUUUUACUGCAGACACGGAGCAAACGUUAGCAUUUUAGCUCUAGUUUGGUCUCCACCAGCUCCUGAGGGAAAUGUCUGUCUCUUUAGCUGUUAAAUGCUCCACUAUGUUCACCAGCUGGUCUCUAACUGGGUCUGAUAUCUGGAGUACAGUGGCUUUAUUAGGUUUGUUUCGGAUGAGAGCCAUGAGACUGAACCAAAACAGAUGGUGUUGUGGGCUGUAAAACCAAAUCAAUAUCAACCCGUUCUCACUCUCAACUCAUCAAAUACCGCCGUUUGGGCAGCGCCCCUCAGCAUCGGAAACUGUCGCACCCUUUAGCAACAGUAUGUGACGAACCGGGCUUUCCACUAACUCCAAUGUAAACCCACCCGCGGUGUUAUUCGACGGUCGGAGCAAGUGACGUAGUAUUAAUUGCGUGAGAGUCUGUUCAGGGCGGGAGGGAGGGGAGGUGGGUGGGUCAAACGAACACAAGACUUUCAACCAGGAGACCCAUAUUGGUGCCCCGUGUGAGGCUAUUUAUUUUGUCACGUCAGUCCCGUGAGUUGCUAGUCAGUGAAGCUAACGGAAACCACGACCGUUUCCUAACCCUAACUAAGUGUUUGUGUUGCCUAAACCUAACUUCCUGUGAAAACAGAAGUUUAUGUUGAAAGAACACUAUGCAUGUAACGAGCGUAUGUUGACACGCCGUCCCCGGUCCGUCCAACAGUAACGCUAGAGGGGAACCCCCGGUGAGUCGGUCUCCGAUGCAGAGGGCCGCUGACCAAGUGGCGAGUCAAGUGAUAAAACUCUCUGAGUUCGUCACUACGAGCGACCCUGUUCACAUUUCAUAUAAUCAUUUGACCCGCUGCUGAUAUGAAAAUAUUUGUUUGUGCUUUAAGUUUUAAGUUUUUUUUAUUUUCUGCAGUUUUUGUUUGUGUGUUUGUUUGUUUUUCUUCUUUAAUUAUCUUUUCUCUUCUUUUG